GAUGAGAGAGAUAUGGAUAGCGGGUUGCGCAAAACAAAGUACGACACAAAAACUAGGUAGAGAGAAUGUAUGGGGAAAAAAAAUGCAGCUAGGGUUAUGAACAAGCAUACAUGUAUGUGUAUGUGCGUGUGCGUGUGCGUGUGCGCGUGCGCGCUGCUCUUCGUUUUUCUUCUUUUUUCGUCUUGUUGUUUCCGCAGCGACUUGUGCAAGCAAGAAAAGUGACAGGGAAAGCAAAUAGUUGGCUACCGUACCAGAAGAGCGUUAAGAGAGAGAGAGAGAGAGAGAUAGAGAGCGGCACCGAGUGAAAUCGUGUCGGUUGGCGAACGCAGGUUUGAUGCAGACGGCAAGCCUGACAGAGAAGAGCUUCUCGAUGCUUUUUCUUGCUGCAACUUGCAGAGGCACAAAAGCACGAAGACGGCGCGUAGAAAGAGGAAGGACAGGGGAUAUAACGACCGGGGAGGGCGUGCAUUGGCAGGAAGGAGGGUGGGUAUGGCAUGGCAUGGCAUGGCAUGGCGGCAUGGACGAGGGCAAGGAAGGCGAGGAGAGGAAAGGACGUAACUGUCCGUCUGUGUGUCUGUCUGUACGUGUAGAAGAGGUGAAGAUGGGACAAGAGGGAAGGAGGGGCUGGAGAGUGAGAUGGAGGGGUGAGACUAGCGAGCCUUACCUUAGGAAGGCACCGAGUCUCUCCUUACAGAGAACCCUCCGUCUUCAUGAAGAGAAGGUGAAGGAAUGGAUGGUAUGGGAGGCUGUGAGGGAGGGGCGUGUGUAUAUUAUGAGUAGGAUGGGGUGAAAUGAGGAGUGGGGUGCGCCUGUAUUUGUGUACGUAUCGUAUACAUGGGUGUGUGGGACAGCGCAUGGGAGAAA